AACCAUGAUGAGCUUCUACCCUGCAACUUUGUCGUGAUUGAUAUCACGGCAUCACCGGAAUACAUCGCUCUGGCUUACGUUUGGGGAGAUGCGACCGACCGAGACUCCAUCCUAGUCGACGGGCAGGUAAUUCGAGUCACCCGAAAUUUGAGAGAUGCGCUUGAGAAAUUUCGCAGAACGCCGGCUUGGUUGUGGGUGGAUGCAUUAUGCAUCAAUCAACAAAUCGUGUCAGAGAAGUCUGUAAAGGUAAGCAUGAUGUCAAAGGUCUAUCUUAAAGCCAGCUGUGUGGCUGUGUGGCUUGGGCGCGACGCAAAUGGCGAUGCGGAUGCCAUCUUCGAAGAUACCAAAGUUACAGUCGAGUUCACCACAAGAGUCGACAAGGCAAGCCUUGAAAGGUUCCUUCAGCUACCAUACUGGUCGCGAACUUGGGUGCUGCAGGAAGUUGGUCUGGCGAACGAGGCCGUGAUACUCUGGGGCAAUCAAGUCUGGCAGUAG